CUGACUUUCGAAAACGUGAGUGUGGCUGACACAACUGCCUGGCUUCUGCCCUGACGGUCGAAGAUUCUGGCUCGUAGUCAUGUCGCUGUUCCCAUUAUUGUUGGUGAGCGCCUGUGUCAUGAGUGCCUGGGCUGUUAUACCACACGGAUACAUCUUACAUGUGACUUCCAACUGCGGUAAGGAAAAUGCCAAGGGUGCCGAAAUAGCCAUAGUAACGGACUUGGACAUAGCGGCUCGUGCAGACUGCGCAACGUCCAGUGAGAACUUUACGUCGACUGACGAAGUCAACUUCAAGCUGUCGGUCGGAUACCCUGGCUUUGGCUCUCACGCCUGUCAGUUUCAGAAACGGAAAGGCGCUCGUGUGUACGUCUUGAAGAUGUUCGUAUCGUACGGUUCUCCGGGCGCAGCCCUCCACCACAGCCAAGAGGAGUACACCAUCACAUGCACGUUCGACGCCAAGAAUACGCAACUUACGAAACAGUUGAAAAUCGGAGCCAGCCGAGUAGCCCCAAAGGAGGUCAAGUCGUGGUCAGGGAAGAAGACAAACGCCGUCAUUCGCCUCCUGUUGGUAGAUGUCCUUGGAAGAGACGUGCAUGGCCAGAGGCUGGCGGCAGGACGCAAGGUGCAGCUCAAGGCUUUUGCGACAGGUACUGCUCCCAACGAACGGGGUCUGCGACCUGUAUCUUGUGACGCCAUUGGAGUGACGACCGGAGCCAGGUUCGCCUUGCUUAGAUCCGGAUGCGGAGACGGGUGGUUCAUCAAACGGAACCAGGGUUUCACCACCAGGGGCUUGUCCUGCGCCAGCCCUUUCUUCAGCGCCUUCAGCCUCCCUAAUAAGGAACCGAUGCGGUUCCAGUGCAACUUCACUGUGUGUGAAAGAAACUGUGAUGGGGACUCGUGUGCAGUGGACAAGGCAAGAAGACGGAAGUCGGCUUCUUCAGACGAGAGCUUCAUUCCUGCCAGUUCCGGUUUUAUUUCUCCAGACAAAAUCGACCACCGGAAGUCUGUCGAGCUUGUUUCGAGACGGACAUCCGACGAACAUCUUUGGGUCUCGAGAGUGUUCAUUUGGGCGCCAGUCGUCAUAAUUAUGGCAAUUGGUGUACUGGUAUCAAUCGGAGCGGCGACACGCGCAUGCGCACGCCGGAAUCUCGCGAGAAAGUACGAGGUUGCGCCAAAGGUCAGUGUCUUGUCCUUGAGGCCAUGCGGUUGCAGUUGGGAUGGCGAAGGGGGAUGUAUGAGCUCCUGGGCGGCUCAGAAUGACCUCAACCGCCUUGCACAUCUGGAAACGGAGAGACCCUAUAAAAUCAGGUCCUCCAGUGGAGUAUGUGAGAUACCUUGCAAUAGCAGCCAUGGUGAAGUGUGACAGACACGAUGGUAAUAAAAAAACUUGUGGUUUCA